AUGACUUCCAAGAAUGGUGUCCAUAUUGAAGCAGGCCCGGACACAGAAUCUUCUGCAGAUUCAUACAAUUUUACUAUUGGUCUAAGCGGUAAAGUCCGUAAACCAAGGUCGAAAGUAAGUAAAGCAUGCGAUAAUUGCAGGAAAAGAAAGAUAAAGUGCAAUGGAAAGUUUCCCUGUGCAAGCUGUGAAAUAUACUCAUGCGAAUGUACAUUCACGACUAGACAAGGUGGUAAUCGAAUAAAAAAUCUCCAAAAGGCUAAUUUGGAAGGCACAAUCGUGCAAGGUAAGGAGGAGACUGAUUCUAGUUCUACUCCUCUUCCCAAGCCUCAACCAUAUGCAAGCAGACCAUACGCAACGGAACAACCAGCGAAAUUUUCCGACAACUUUAACUUGGAUGGCCGUAAUAGUGCCGAUAAUAACGGUAGUGAUGGGAGGAAUGACGACGAUGUGAAUAGGAAUGGGUUUUACGAAGAUGAUAGCGACUCGCAGGCCACUUUGACGUCUUUACAAAAUACUUUGAAAAAUUUAAAGGAGAUGGCUCAUUUAGGUACCCACAUAACAUCAGCAAUCGAGAGCGUUGAGUCUCAGAUGAACGACCUGAUUAAACGCUGGGAACCCAAAGUAAGGGUAAAAGAUUUUGCGACGACCAAAUUUUACCCUAAUAAAUCAAUAGAGACUCAGUUAAUGAAAAAUAAGUACUGUGACGUGGUACAUUUAACAAGAUAUGCUGCUUGGUCCAAUAAUAAAAAGGACCAAGAUACUUCUAGCCAACCUCUGAUCGAUGAAAUCUUCGGUUUAUAUUCUCCUUUUCAAUUUUUGUCGCUUCAAGGUAUUGGUAAAUGUUUCCAAAAUUACAGAUCCAAAUCUAAAUGCGAAAUUUUCCCCAGAACUGCUAAAGAAACUAUAUAUAUCAUGUUAAGGUUUUUCGACGUUUGUUUUCAUCAUAUAAACCAAGGUUGUGUCUCCAUCGCUAAUCCCUUGGAAAAUUACCUACAAAAAAUGAAUCUCUUACCUUCAACACCUUCUUCCAUAUCCUCUGCAGGAAGCCCAAAUACAGCGCACACAAAGUCGCAUGUAGCAUUGGUGAUAAAUCAUUUACCUCAGCCCUUUGUGAAGAGAAUAACCGGAAUAAGUAAUGCUGAAUUGCUAAGUGAAAUGAAUAAUGAUACCAGCAUGUUUGGCAUUUUAUUGAAAAUGCUGCACCAGCAUAAGAAUUCAUAUCAGAACUUCUUGAUGGAAAUAACGUCCAACCCCCCUGUGCCUAAGAACACGCAUUCAAAGGAUGUUUUGGAGGAGCUUAUCCAUUAUUGUCAGGCUGGGGAGGCGCUCAUUGCCUUAUGCUACAGCUACUAUAAUUCAACAUUAUACAAUUAUGUGGACUUCACAUGCGACAUAACGCAUUUAGAACAACUUCUAUACUUUUUGGAUUUGCUAUUUUGGCUAUCGGAGGUAUACGGGUUUGAAAAAGUCUUGAAUGUAGCUGUUCAUUUUGUUUCCAGAGUUGGUUUGUCAAGGUGGGAAUUUUAUGUGGGUCUUGAUGAAACUUUUGCUGAAAGGAGAAGAAAUUUAUGGUGGAAAGCUUUUUAUUUCGAAAAAACUUUGGCAUCUAAAAUGGGCUAUCCUUCGAAUAUUGAUGACUCCAAAAUUAAUUGUUUAUUGCCUAAGGAUUUUCGAGAUGUUGGGUUUUUGGAUAACAGAGAUUUUAUCGAGAACGUUCACCUGGUUCAUAGAAACGAGGCUUUUGACAACAUGUCCAUAUCCAGCUUAAAAGACUAUGGGGAAUUAGCUGUUUUACAAAUUGUCAGCCACUUCUCAUCAUCUGUUUUAUUCAAUGAAAAAUUCACAUCAAUUAGAAAUACAUCAAAACCAUCUAUAGUUAGAGAAAAACUACUCUUUGAAGUGCUUGAGAUUUUUAAUGAAACAGAAAUGAAAUAUGACGCUAUCAAAAAGCAAACAGGAAAACUCUUUGAUAUUGCAUUUUCCAAAGAUACUUCUAAACUCAACGUGUCAAGAGAGGACAAAAUCAUCGCUUCAAGAUUUGUUUUAUUCUACGAACACCAUUUUUGCAGAAUGGUCAAUGAAUCCGAUAAUAUUGUGGCAAGAUUAUGUGUUCACCGAAGGCCUUCGAUAUUAAUUGAGAACUUGCAAAUAUACCUUUAUAAAAUUUACAAAUCAUGGACCGAUAUGAACACGAUUUUACUAGAUUUUGACAAUGAUUAUUUUGUGUACCGUUCAUUUACCCAUUAUUCUAUCAGUUGUAUCAUUUUAGUAACACAGGCAUUCUCAGUAGCAGAAUUCAUUAACGUCAAUGAUGUUUUGGAUAUGAUUAAAGUCUUUAAAAGGUUUUUAGACAUUAAAAUUUUCUCAGAAAACGAAACCAAUGAACAUGUCUCCAACAGUCAAAGCUUCAAAGACUAUACCAGGGCCUUCUCCUUCCUGACGAUUGUGACUCGUAUCAUGCUUUUGGCGUACGGAGAGUCAUCCAGUACUAAUCUGGAUGUUCUCUCUAAAUAUGUUGAAGAAAACGCCCCAGACUUGAAAGGAAUAAUUGAACUUGUUCUGGAUACAAAUUCUUGUGCCUAUAGGUUUUUAUUAGAACCUGUUCAGAAGUCUGGAUUCCAUUUGACGGUCUCACAAAUGUUGAAGAGAAGACAGUUUCAGGUACCGUCAAUGUCCAAUGAAGAUAAGGAACAAAUAAGACAUAAAACGCAGGAAAAUAUAAAUGUUGGUAAUUCAAGUUCAAAGAUUGGCCCUCCAACUUGUUUAUUAAAUGGUAUUGAAUCGCCGCGAUUGCGAUAUCAUGGUCGGUCAGCACCUUCACCAAUGAGAAACCCAUCAUUACCAGAAUUUGCGCAACUGCCUUCAUUUAGGUCAUUGUCCGUGUCAGAUAUGAUCAAUCCCGAUUACACACAGUCAACCGGCGUUCAAAAUAGUACACAAAUUCAAGCUAAUAAAUUACCCCAAUCAAUCACUGGUCAACAGCAAAUACCAACUCCGAUACAAGUACCAUUUAUGAAUAACGACGACAUGGGUAACGACGACAACAACAACAAUAAUAAUAUUAAUAAUAAUAAUAAUAACAAUAAUAAUAACAGUAAUAAUUUUUCUGCCACAAGCUUCAAUUUGGGAACACUAGAUGAGUUUGUUAAUAACGGUGAUCUUGAAGAUCUGUACAGUAUCCUAUGGAGUGACGUUUAUCCAGACAAUUAA